AUUGAGACCAUUGUUAUAAUUAUUAUUUAUUUUUAAAAUUUAUUUUAUAUUUUUAUUUAUUAUUAUUAUUUUUUUUGGUAAAAAAAACACAUUUUUAUUGGAUGGCUAUGUUCAAUUUAUAAUGUGUUUUAUUUGUUUGGAUUCCCCACGGGGGAAGAAAUUGAACGAAGGGAUUCCUUGCAGAAAACGCGACUCAUCCCUCUCUGAUCAGCAGUCGUGCCAAAACCCUAAAAUUCCACGUUUCAAAACCCUAAUUCUACUUCUCCAUCACAAUGAGGAUCUACCCCUGGAACCCACUCUCACUGGCUGUGAAGUUUAUUUAAGUGCCAGACUAUGAGGAUCUUCUUCAUGAUAUCAUUGAGUUUGCCCAGAAAUGUUACUCCUUUUGGACUGGAUGGUUUUGCAGCUUAACUUGAAGAGAUUGCACAGGCUAGGUUGUUUCCCCAUUUGGAGAAUCUCUUUUUAAUUCAGUUUCUGAAAGGAAAAAUUAUCAUUCAAUUUUUAUGGCUGCAAUGGAUCCUAUAGAUAUUACUUCAUCAUCUGAUAGUGACUUUGACUUUGAAGAUGAUAGAGAAACAGAUACAUCACCUGUGGGGGAAUCUGUUGCUUUUGCAAAUUCCAGGAUUCUUCCACCAUGGCCCUCCACAUCUGGUCAUGGACAUUUUCAGAAGGUCCCUUCUCCUAAACGAGCAUCUGCUUCUAAUGGAAGCUCUUCAAAUUUUUAUCAUUAUCCACCUAAAAUCCAAAUGCAUCCUAGUUUUGAUGAUGACAUCAGAGCUUCAAAUCGGCAUAAUUUUCGGGAAGCUGAUUUUAACUAUUCUACGGAGAAUGGGGACAUGUUGGAUGUAGAAAAUCAUCAACAGCUUAUUAAUUUGAACAAAGCUGAUAUAUUUGGUGCAGAUUAUGAAAAAUUAUCUCAACCAGCUAUGAGGAGGACCCUUCCAUCUACUCUUCAGCCAUCUGCACCAAGUGCUGGGAUGAACAAUACAGUAGGGAAUAUUGGUAGCAGUCAUAUUCAUGAUUCUCAAGGAAAAUCUUUUCAUCCUGUGGGACCUAUACUAAACAACAUGAACUAUAUGAAAGAACACUUUGGCAGGGGCAAUGAUGAUGAAGUUAUUAUGUAUGAAAAUAGUGGAAGUAGGAUCCUACCUCCAUCUUUGAUGCAUGGAAAGUCUGUUCCCUCUACACAGUAUGGUGGUGUAAGUGAAUCUGCAUAUCGACCGGGGGUAGCUGAAGAAAUGGCUGCUAAUACUGAUGAAAGACUAGUUUAUCAAGCAGCAUUACAGGAUCUGAAUCAACCAAAAGUUGAAGCAACUUUACCAGAUGGUCUUUUGACAGUCUCUCUUUUAAGACACCAGAAAAUUGCAUUGGCAUGGAUGCAUCAGAAGGAAACAAGAAGUUUACAUUGUUUGGGCGGGAUUCUAGCUGAUGAUCAGGGCCUUGGUAAGACGGUCUCAAUGAUUGCCCUUAUUCAAAUGCAGAAAUCUUUGCAGUCAAAAUCUAAAUCGGAAGAGCUACAUAAUCACAGUACUGAAGCAUUAAAUCUGGAUGAUGAUGAUGACAAUGCCAAUGCUGCUGGUUCAGAUAAAGGCAAGCAGACUGAAGAGACUAGUGAUUCUAAGCCAAUUUCAGAAGUGAGUGCUUCUCUGCCGGAAUUCCGUAGGCGGAGGCCAGCUGCUGGUACAUUGGUUGUGUGUCCAGCAAGUGUUCUUCGGCAAUGGGCAAGGGAAUUGGAUGAAAAAGUUUCUGAGGAAGCCAAGCUUUCUGUUUGUCUCUAUCAUGGAGGCAGUAGAACAAAGGAUCCUGUUGAACUGGCUAAGUAUGAUGUUGUGCUCACUACAUAUUCUAUUGUGACUAAUGAAGUUCCCAAACAGCCUUUAGUUGAUGAUGAUGAAGGUGAUGAAAGAAAUGGGGAAAAGUAUGGAUUAUCUUCCGAAUUUUCUGUCAAUAAAAAGAGGAAAAAGCCUUCCAAUGUUAGUAAGAGGGGAAAGAAAGGUAGAAAAGGGAUUGAUAGUUCCUCCAUUGAUUAUGAUUGUGGUCCCCUUGCAAGAGUGGGUUGGUUCAGGGUGAUAUUAGAUGAAGCUCAAACCAUAAAAAAUCACAGAACACAAGUGGCUAGAGCCUGCUGCAGCCUUCGAGCCAAAAGAAGGUGGUGCUUAUCUGGAACACCUAUACAAAAUGCUAUUGAUGACUUGUACAGCUACUUCAGAUUUCUGAAAUAUGAUCCUUAUGCUGUCUAUAAAUCAUUUUACAAUACAAUAAAGGUUCCAAUAUCCAGAAAUUCAGUCCAUGGUUACAAGAAGCUUCAAGCAGUUCUGAGGGCUAUAAUGCUGCGUCGUACAAAAGGCACAUUGAUUGAUGGAACGCCUAUUAUUAACCUGCCACCAAAAACAAUAUGCUUGUCUAAGGUGGACUUCUCCAGUGAGGAGCGGGCUUUCUAUUCCAAGCUAGAAGCUGAUUCACGUUCACAAUUCAAGGAAUAUGCAGCUGCUGGCACUGUUAAUCAAAAUUAUGCAAAUAUUCUCCUUAUGCUUUUGCGACUUCGUCAGGCUUGUGACCACCCACUUCUUGUAAAAGGAUACAAUACCGAUUCUAUUAGAAAAGUUUCUUCUGAGAUGGCAAAGAAGCUUCCUAGUGACAUUUUGAUUAAUUUAUUGGAUAUUUUGGAAACUUCUGCCAUCUGUCGUGUAUGCAAUGAUCCACCUGAGGAUGCUGUUGUUACCAUGUGUGGCCAUGUUUUCUGCUAUCAGUGUGUAUCAGAAUAUUUGACUGGUGAUGACAAUACAUGCCCCGCACUCGAAUGCAAAGAACAACUUGGUGCUGAUGUUGUGUUUUCCAAAGCUACUCUAAUAAGUUGUAUUUCUGAUGAACUUGAUGGCAGUCUCUCAAAUUCUUCUCAGUCUGCAGAGAAAUCGAUAAAUCUGCAGAAUGAGUACAGUUCGUCUAAAAUCAGAGCUGCUCUUGAGAUUCUGCAGUCACAUUGUAAGUUAACGAGUCCAGAUUCGGAUCCACACAGUUCCAUGGGAUGCAAUGGAUGUUCUUCUUCAGCAAAGAUAUACACUGAACAGUGCUAUUCAGGUGUUGGUUCUUCCAAGCAAACAACAGCAUAUUCAAACCCAGAAACUGAAGGACCAAUAAAAGCUAUUGUUUUCUCCCAGUGGACUAGCAUGUUGGACUUAGUUGAGAUGUCAAUGAACCAUUCAUGCAUACAAUAUCGGAGGCUUGAUGGGACAAUGUCUUUGGCUUCAAGAGACAGGGCUGUCAAAGAUUUCAACACUGAUCCCGAGGUAACAGUCAUGCUGAUGUCCCUAAAAGCAGGAAACCUUGGUUUAAAUAUGGUUGCGGCUUCUCUUGUUAUCCUUUUGGAUCUUUGGUGGAAUCCAACUACUGAAGAUCAGGCUGUUGACCGAGCCCAUAGAAUUGGACAAACACGUCCGGUUACUGUAUCACGGAUCACUAUUAAGGAUACUGUAGAAGAUAGGAUAUUAGCUCUUCAGGAAGACAAGAGGAAAAUGGUUGCAUCUGCUUUUGGUGAAGAUCAAACUGGAGGAUCUGCAACUCGCCUCACCGUUGAAGAUCUUAAAUAUCUAUUCAUGGUCUAAAACAGAUCCCUCAAAGUGGGACUGAUGGACAUUAGCAUAUUCUGAUGGUAGCUGAUGAGUUUAUGAGCCUCUCAAAGGGCAUUUUUGUUCCCAGCAAGUGCAGAGAUAGCGAGUCAAAUGCACUUGUACUGUUGUACAUAUAUUUUCUUAUUUAUAUCAAAUAUUUAAUGUUUAUAGUCAA